AACCUCGAUCUACUUUCAGUUAACAGCUGACUGUCAAGGUGUAUACACAUUCAUGUACAUGAAUAAUACCUGUACAAUUUUACACAGGUGUGACAUUCAAUAAUAAGUAGCGAAUAAUAUUUCUUUUGAAGAGGUGUUUAUUUAAUAUUUUAUGAAAUAUUUAAGGGAGACUAACGGAGAAGGAUUAAUUGGUGAUUUAUCAGCGGUAGGCAGGACUGGACAUAUUCCGUUAUAAUACUGUACAUUACAAGUGCUUAAGAAAAUUGGACAGCCUUAGUCAGUUUGUUUUAACCACCGUGGGAAAAAGACGGUAGACGGAAUUGUUAAUGCUGUAAUUGGAAUCUAACUGUGACAGAAAUUGGAAUAGCAUAAAAUCUUCUUUCCAGUGUUUUUGUUGAUAGUAUUGACUUGGUGGUUUUGCAAGAUGUUAUGAAAUGCUUGAUCUCAACUCCAACAUAAUUUAUGCUGGAAAAAUCAUCUCUAAACACAGAAUAUCAAAGCCACACCAAAGACAAAAGAUUAUGCGAGAGGUAGAACUUCAGCGAAACUUGAAGCAUCGAAAUGUUGUAGAAUUCCACAGUUUCUUUGAAGAUGAAGAAAAUGUAUACAUAGUUCUAGAAAACUGCAAUAGAAAAUCCUUGGUAUAUAUGCUCAAACACAGAAAGACGCUCACAGAGCCAGAGGUUCGUUACUACAUGGGACAGCUUGUCGAUGGUGUCAAGUACAUCCAAGAACAUGACAUCAUUCAUCGUGACCUGAAGCUUGGCAAUAUGCUACUGAACGAUGACAUGGAUGUCAAAAUAGCUGACUUUGGUCUUGCUACUCGGGUUGAAUUCGAAGGUGAAAAGAAAAUGACUGUUUGUGGUACACCAAACUACAUUGCUCCAGAGGUGCUACAGAAAAGGGGCCACAGUUAUGAAGCAGACACCUGGGCUCUUGGUUGUGUCAUGUACGCCUUGUUGGUGGGACAUCCGCCUUUUGAGACUGCCACACUAAAAGAGACUUAUAUCCGGAUAACCGAAAACCGUUAUUCAAUACCGGACUGGAUUUCACCCCAAGCUAGAAACUUAAUCACAAAGUGCUUGACAAAUGAACCCGAACUUAGACCUAGUCUCAACAAUAUUCUAACGGAUGAUUUUUUUACGUGUGGACAUUUUCCAAAUAGAUUAUCACCUAGUUGUUGUACUUCUCCGCCACGAUUUCCGGCAAACUCUGCAGGGUCUUUCGUGCGAGUCUCUAGGCCCAAGUCCUAUGCCGUCCCAGAAACAAGACCAGAAUCUGGUGUAGAUAGAAUUACCUCCCCUAUUCGUGAGCUCGAAAUCACAAACAAAUAUGAGCACCAUUCAAAAGGUCGACACACACCAGACUUCUCCAUUCCUAUGUCUAGGAUCAGCGGAAGAACAUCUGGAUCCGAGGCGACUCGCUCAGACAGGUCUGACUCCCCCGCGCUCAGAGAGUCAUCUCCAAAACCCCGCUCUGCUGCCAAUCUCCUUGAUGUGCUCACUACGUGUUUAGAACACAUGCCAAAAGAUGUGAUAAAGAACCCCGAACCCAUGGGUGAUAUGACAAUCCUGUGGGUGAGUAAAUGGGUUGACUAUUCCAACAAAUACGGCUUUGGCUUCCAGCUCUCAAAUGACUCUAUUGGUGUACUCUUCAAUGACACGUCCAAAAUCAUUCUAUCCCCGGAUGGAAGAUCGGUACAGUAUUACGAUAUGACGGGUCACCUGAAUGCCUUCUCUGUUGACCAACCUCCGGAUGAUCUCGAUAAGAAAACAACUCUUCUCAUGUAUUUUGCAAAAUAUAUGGAUGAGCAUUUAAUUCAGGGAGGUAAUAUAGAGUGCUCCAAGGAUUCUGAUGAUAUCAGUGUUGGCUCCCUUUGUUUGAAGAAGUGGUUCAGAACAGCAAAAGCAAUAGUCCUGUAUCUCAAUGAUGGGACAUUACAGGUAAACUUCUUCGAUGACCACACAAAAAUUAUUCUGAGUUACAUGCGAAAUGAUUACUUUGUGACAUACAUUGACGAGGAGAGAUGUGCAACAACCUAUAGCAUGGUACACCUCAUCCAAGAUGGCUGCCAACGCGAUAUCAUGGAUCGAAUGUCAUUUGCAAGGUCAAUGCUGAAAAAUCUAGUUGAUAUCGAGGGUGUUGAUAUUUAAACUUUGUUGAUUUAAUAGAGGUUGUGUCGUAUAAAGACACUGCCACAUCGCAUAAUAAACAAAAACAAAAUAUGUCUUUCGUUGGAACGUUCAGGUGAAAUUUGAAGAAGUGCUGUUUAAAAGAAAAAGCUGCAUUUUCAGACAGCUGAAGAAAAUGGCAGAAAAUUCACAUAAUUAUGUGUAAUUUUAACAUCUGAUGGUGAAACUAGUAUAUAUUUAAUGAAGUCUUAAAUGAAAUACUUGUUGCAAAGUAAUAUGAUUUCAGAAGGAUUUUUGGCUGUGUCAUGCAGGCAAACCUGACUUAACAGUUGAAGAUGGACCAAUACAGCUGUUAGAGAAGAUAUGUGAGAAGCCAAAACAUUGCAAAUCUGUGAUGCAAAAUUUGCUCAUAUACAACAUGAGAAAAACUCCUUUUAUUAUUUAUGGUGAUAGAAUAAAGGAGAGCAAUAUGAUAGCUUAUAGUCCCAUUGUAUAACACCAAGUGUUCCUUUUUACAAUAAUAGGCAAACAGAUGUGGAGCAAUAAAUACACUAUACAAUGUUGUCUCAUUUUUGUUGCUCAGACUGUGAUCAUUUUUAAUGCCUAUUUUUUGUAACUUUCGAUAUGCAAUAAUGAAAUGCAUGUAGAUGCAUUUCGCAAGCUUUUGUUCAUGAUGUGGAGGGAGAAAUAGAUGAAAAACAAUGCAUUACAAAAUCAUUAAAAUUUCAUGACUUUUAUCAAGCAAAAUGUGAUAUCAUGGAUACUCAGCUGUGGGUUAGCAAGUACUUUAGGGAAUGAAUGUGAUUUGUUUUCACAGGAUAAAUGCUUAUUUACUGGGAAAACCUUAGAAGUGCCUUUAUAAGUGUGAUAGAUAUGGCAGUGGUUUUCCUCUAAGGAUUGGGAACGUUGAAAUUUGUGACACUGAAUUUGUGUGAAAAUUAAGAGAAAUUGACUUUGUUAAAAUGGUUUGCGGUACAACUAUCUGAUGAAGAUGUUACGGGGUUGUUAGAGACCAUUGUAAAACAAUAGUGAUUGUUCUGUUGUGUAUUGGUAAAAUGUUAAAUGCAAAUAUGGCUUAACAAAUUAUGUUUUCUCUGGUUAACCCUUAUCCUGCUAAAUUUCUAUAAUGAACUUGUCCAUCUUUGGACAAUACCAUUAAUUAUAAAAAGGGAGUGCAGGGAAGUGGAGGGAAGUGCAGAUCUUGAUCUACACUGGUCACAAAGGCAGAGUCAAUCAUGUCCAGCAUAAGGGUUAACAAAAAAAAAUGUGAUUCAGGUUCCAAAUGAUGAAUUUUUAUUUAUGCUUGUAAAUUUUCUAAAAAAGAAGUCAGUGUUUGAUUUUUAUAGUUAAAUAAAAAUUGAAAUAAAACCGUUUUUGUCAUCUUGCUAGGGAAGCUUUUGAUUAUUUUUUAAUGUAAUUUAACUAUUUGUGUAUACAUAGGCAUUCAUUUUUCAAUUCUUGAAUACCAUUUUUGAAAUGUGGAUUAAUGCUUGAAGCAAUUAUUUACCCCUAUAUAAAAUCUUUGUAUUAAGUUCAAAUAAAAAAUCUAAGCACAAUUUACUUAUUAAAAAGCACAAUUUACUCAUUUUGAAUAAGCCAGAUAGACCUUCCUGAGCCAGGCUUUUAUAUAUGACUACUUCCCUUUGUUAUAUAUUUUUUCACCCUCUAUAAAUGUCACUAAUUUUGCACAUCCAUCAAUUUCAUGCUUCAGUUUCAAUUUGGCAACACUGUUCAAAAGAAACCAAGAAACAUUUAUUAUAAAUAAUGUGAAAAUUGUUAGACACACUAUUUUUGGUAAUUCAAUGGAAUAUUGUCAGUACAUAAUGUAGUGAAAACAUUAAAUCCAGUGUUUCUACACAUUUCACACGAAAGUUGUUAAUUUUGUAAGAAGAGUGCAUCGUUUAAAAGCAAUUUAAAUUAAAAUAUUGGCAUUAAAGGGAGUGUAUUAAGUUGCUUCGAGGUAGGACUAUAUCAUUAUGUAUAUAUGUUAUAGUUUUUUGUUAAGAAUGAUAAAUAAAACUAAGGUUUUAAUUUGUGCUUUUUAAUUCAAUUUAAUCAAAUACAUUCAUUCAACUAGAAUUGAGCUGUACAGAGCAAAUGUACCUUGUUGUGUAAUUUUGUUGUCUGUACAGGAGGUAGAUAACUCACGGUAUCGUUUGAACACAAUUUAAAUAUUUGCAAACAUUUUACAUUUGUGUGUGUGUUUGCAUAUUUACAAGAUGGGGUCACCCUGUGGGACCAUUACAUAAAGUGUUAUCUGAGUACACUGUGACAGAAGUGCUGUAAAUUUGGUAUGAAAUUAUACAUUCACAUUGUAUAUAGGUGGUGGCUUUUCUAACAGACACAAUCACGUUUUGAUGCCUGUUAUUAAAUGCAAGCUUUGUAAAUACAUUGAUACAUCAGGAUCUUUGUCAUGACAGAAAAUGCAUUAUACAUGUCAGUAUUUAAAUACAAAUUACAAUCAUACAGUAUUUUGAAACACAGUGGGGCAACAGCAGUAAUUCUUAACUACUAACAAUAAAAUGAAUUCUAGUUUUAUGUUUUACACUGAAGUUAGUUUUUGUGGCACAUUUAAAGAUGUUCAAAUUUUUGUAUUGUUCAGAAAAUCUAAUGAAGUCAGAAAGCAUUAUCUGCAGCCAGAAAACAUGAUCUACAGUCAGAAAAAAAUACCAUUAAAAUCUUAAUAGAAGUGAUUUUACCCUUUACAGGAAUAAAUGUAUUUCUCCUACAUUAUUUGAAGGCUCAGAAUUUAUUGAAUCAGUUUAUUCUGUCAUGUUUAAAGUAUAAGAGAAGCAAGAUCUCUUAUAUUUAUCUAUUUUAAUUAUCUCUGAUUUUUGUCUCAUGCUGUAUUGAUCUCAUCUCUAACUAAGACCAUUAUAAAUUUCUUGUUAAAUUUACAUUAUUGUAAAUAAGAUAUGUUAAAACUUAAAUGACUAAAGUAAAAAUAAGUGUUUAUUGAAAGCAGAGCAACUGUUUUUAGUUUUUAAUUAUUUAUCAGAAAUAUAUGAUAAAGUGUAUAUUUAUUCAGUAACUUAUAUGUGCAAUGUUUUUUUUUUCUGAAAUUGGAUUUAAUGGCAUAAAAAUCACCUUAAUUAAUACUUUUACAAUCUUGAAAGAUAUAUUUAAGAAAAUUAAAACUAUAAUUUGUCAUGGUCUUAAGUAUAAUUAUUUAUUUAGAUAUCUUGUCAAUGUGAAACUCUUUUUAAUCUUUUCAGUCAAACUUUAAAAGUUUGUAAUAAGCUCUAGUUCACUGCACUAAUGUGUAUAAAAAAAUGCAAUCCCUGAAACAGAAAUCCUCUUAAUUCUGUGAAUUCUGAAAGAAUGUUUAACAUAACUUUUCGUAUGUAUGAUUUUGUGUAUGUUUUUACUGCUUUUGUUAAAAUGAAUGUGUUUUAUGUAUUAUAGAACAUCAGCUCUUUGGAAUGAUACUUAAAUGGAAUUAAUACCUGUAUGAUCAAGUAAAUGGUAAUCCUGCAAAUUGUGAAAUUUUAUCACUGGUUGAUAAGAUAUUUUCGAAAUGAAUACUAGGUUACUUUCGUCUUCCUAUUCAGCGAUGACUUUCGUCUUCCUAUUAAGCACUGCUUUAAUUGUACAGUUUUAAAUGAUUACUUCUAAUCAAAAUUCAAGUUGAUGAUGUAUUUAAUUUUCUGACAAGAUCAAUUCCGCAGCACACAACCAAUCAGUAUUUGAAUAUCUACAGCACUCUACCUCUCAAAGUCCGUGGACCAUUUUAACAUUUUACUGUAAAUACAUUGAAGACUUCAUGUAUGAUUCUUUUCUCCAUUCUGUAAAACAUUGGGACCAAAAUAUUUCAAACCUGAUUUUAUGGAAAAUGAACUUCUGUUUUAACAGCAUACCAUAGACUUAACAGCUAUUGGUCGCUUAAUUUCUGUUAUGUAUUGACUAGAGUAUAUUUGAGCCACGCCAUGAGAAAACCAACAUAGCGCAUUUGCCAACAGCAUGGAUCCUGACCAGACAGCGCGGACGUGCAGGCUGGUCUGGAUCCAUGCUGGUCGCAAACAGACUAUGUUGGUUUUCUCAUGGCGCGGCUCAUUUCAUUUGAGAAAAUGAUUAUUAUUGUUAUGUAUGUAUUUUCAUGAAUUGUUAUGAGAUGUGACUGAUAUAAGUUGUUGUAUGAUUUUGAUUAAUUUUCUUUAGAGAAAUUUUACUGAUGAAUUAUAAAAAUGAAAAAAGGAUUUUCAUGAUCUUGAAAUAAAGAUUUAAAAUAU